CAUGCCUCUAAGCUGAUCUCUAUUGUUCGUAUAUCGACAUGUAUAUGGGGAGGCACCAUAGGCUGACUCAAGCAUUCGAUUCGUCCAUUGACGCUGAAUUUAGGCUGCUGCAAGCUUCACGCCCGAUUAACGCAAACUCCACAAUCGUGCAUGCAAUGAAGUUGUUUAUGAACUUAACAGCAACUCUGCGGUCAUCGACCUGUUGGACGCAUCCGUAACGAUGCAAGCCGCGACAAGGAAUUCAAGACAGUGACAACCAUGUUCGGUCGAGGGUAGACCGACUCUUCAGUCCCGGCUAAUUCGUGCCGACGGACCUCCACUAAGCUGUUCGUUGCCCACCAUCCCGCGACCUUGUCGUGGUCAGCGACGCACCCCAGCGCAGAGCCCUGGACUUUUUCAUGAUCAGCUACCAGACUUUUCUAAUGCCACUAUCACCCUAGCUUCGGCUCUAGUUUGGUUUUCCCGCUGUCGUCUUGUCAGUCACCCCACCUACCAAGCCAAUCGAGACCCCUCCCAUCAGCUACGUGUUCACGUGUACCACCCGAGGCCCAACCCCAAAGCCGUAUCCCCACCGAGCCCCCUCCCUACCUCUUAGCCCCUUGUAACCACGUCAAUCCUUACCUAACCACCAAUCCAGCGCGCUUCUUGGGGUCGUGGCCAGCGCCCGGAAGUGGCUGGGAACAUGCGUCCAUGGCUUGCCGUCCUAUCCGGCUACACGCUGACACCGCACGAGGCCGCUGCAGCCAGACAUGGCUUCACCGCCUUCGCCUUCGUGCUGUCAUCGUACUUCAUCCUGCUGCCCCUUCGAGAAGAUGUGGCACUAACCCUGGGUCCCGCGCUGCUUCCGCGCCUCUUCACCGCCUCCCUCUUCGUCACCGCCGCCGCCGCGCCGCUGGUCACCGCGUACGUGGUCAACCCUGCCUCGGGGUGCAGGGCGGUGGGCUUCAGGCGGCUGUGCAGGUUGAUGGCGGGGUGCCUUCUGGUCCUGUUCCUGCCGCUGCUCCUCACCUCCCCCGACCCAUGGGCCCUAACACGGCUGCUGCGACUUACUCCGGCCUCAUCACCGGUGUUGGAGCUCGCAAGGAGUCCGGCUCCCACAGCCCCCGCCCGCAUGGGCGAUGUAGCUGCGGGGCACACCUCCACUGCUGCAGCGGCUUACCUAGCCCUCCUUCCACCCGCACCGCUGCUGCUCCAACAGCAGCCGCAGCAGCAGCAGCCUCUGGGGGAGGUGGGGGAAGGAGGAGGGCAGCACAGGGAGACGCAACGACAGGAACUCAACGAGCAGGCAGCAGCAGCGGUGAAGGGGGCGGCACAGGGGGACACAGCGCGGCGGCAGCUCGGUGCGGGUGCAGUACCGGUGGAGGGGGUGGUCGGGGAGCUGGCGGAGGAGGAGGCGACUCGGCGGCGAGGGCGGUUGGUACCAUUGAGUUGGUACGGCAACGCCGUGCGUGUGUGUUUCUACGUGUACCUGAGCUUGCAGAGCCUGCUCUCAACCAGCGCACUCUGGUCCGUGUGUGCGGACACCUUCACGGCCGCCGCCAGCACCAAGCUGUACGGAU